UCAAGUCUAACCAUUGGGAAGGGCGCCCGCGCGCGGCGCGGCUAGGUGUGGCCGGCAAGCUGCAGCGCAGAUGCAGAUCAGAAAGGGAAAGUGCUACUAUUAAACUCAGUGCGGUAAACAUUGAAUCACGAUGGAACUACAGACCAUGAAUGAUCCUAACAACCCGCCCGCCGGCGGUGACCAACAACAGGCACCUCCAGGGUACCCGACUGAAGCGCCUCCAAGCUAUCCAACCCAACCCCAGCCGGCUGGCUACCCAACCCAACCCCAGCCUGCAGGCUACCCAACCCAACCCCAGCCGGCAGGCUACCCAGUGCAACCCCAACCCGCUGGCUACCCAGUCCAACCCGGACCCCAGCCGGUCGGCUACCCGGCCCAACCUGGACCUCAGCCGGGGGGCUACCCAGCCCAACCCGGACCCCAGCCGGUUGGCUACCCAGUCCAGGCCCAGCCCCAACCGUUGGGUCCAGGACAAGCUGGUCAACCCCAAGGCACUGUCGUGAUCACUCAGCCCGCGGCCACCACGUUUGUCACGGUGCCCACGCAGCGGUUCACCUCCUUACCACAGAUCAUGCAGUGCACCAACUGCCACAAGACCGUCACCACUGAAACGCCCAAAGAGAUCGGCGCUGCCGUAUGGGUGAUCGUCGGCUGGAUAUGCCUCGUCACGGUUUGGUUUUGUUUUUGUUUCUUGGCCUUCAUCCCGUUCUGCAUCCCUUCACUGAAGGACACCGUUCACACCUGCCCCGAAUGCAAGUUCACGCUGGGAAAACACUCAACAGCAGGGGGCGGUAUCUUGAACAUGGCAGACGAGAAAAGUCCGGAUGGACCCCCUGCUUAUGAUGCUGGUCAACAGCAGCAGCAACAGCCGCAACCAGCAUAUCCUGAACAAGCCCCGGCCCCCUACCCCCAACCGGCCCCGACGGCGUACCCCCAGCCAGCCCCCGUCACUGCCCAGCCCACGGCGCAGCAGCCACAGCCCAUGAUGCAGCAGCAACAGCCCAUGAUGCAGCAAGGCGUGCAGUGGCAGCCGCAGCAGCAGGCUGUGGUCAUCAACAUGCCAGUCAGAUUCACCGCCUUGCCCAUGAACUUGCAGUGCCCCAACUGCGGCAACUCGGUGACCACGUUGACGGAGAAGCAAGUGGGCAAUGUGACGUGGCUGACGGCCGGAGCAAUGUGCCUGUUUUUUUUGGCGUGUCUCCUUUGCCCGCUCGGUUUGAUCGCAUUCUGCAUCCCAGCUCUGAAGGACACCAUUCACACCUGUCCCAACUGCAAAUUCAUUGUGGGGAAACACUCUCACCUGUAA